GCGCACUUUAUUUCAGUUUUUAAAACUGUCAAAAUUUAAAUUAUGGAAAAUAUUUCAGAUAAGCUUGAUAAUCUCAGUUCGGUUAUUUACAAUGAAUUUAAAAGAAUUAAAGAAAAAAUUGGUACCGAAAAAGGAGAGUUUUCUUCAAUUUCCAAUGAUUUGGACACCUCGUUUCUAAGAAUAAGAAAUAUAAUAAAUAAAAUUAAAGAACAAUAUUGGGAAAGUAAAGCUCAAAUAAUAACAAAAAGAAUUUCAGAUUUAGAAAAAGCUGAAUCCAAAAUGGAAACGACUGGAAUAAAUUCACAGAUUACUUAUUGCUACAUUUUAAAUGAAUUAAAAUAAAGAUUGUUUUUUUUGUUGGCGUUUAUUUGUUGGGUUAUGUGUAUUGUAUUGUGGCGCCCCUUGUCAAAAUAAAAAAAUGUCUUAAAAAAUGUUACUUAAUCGACGAAUUAUGUUACAAAACAACAUAAUAAAGCUAGCUAAUAACAGAAAUAUGUAGUGUGGUAGUAUUGUUAUUGCGGUAAAUUAGUUGGUUAAAUUGAUUUUCCACAGGCGAACAUAACCUACAAAUAUGAAUGUAGAAGUUAAUAGAUUGGAAACUUUUAGUGAUUGGCCUUUUAUUGUUGGCGUAUACCCAGCAAAAAUAGCAAAAGUAGGUUUUUUCUACACAAAAAAUGCUCAAACAGUGGAAUGUUUUGCCUGCCACUUGCAAAUAUCCAAUUGGAAUCAUGGUGACCAAGUAUUGUCAUUGCACAGAAGCUUAAGUCCUGAUUGUCCCUUUGUGAAGGACCCCAUAAACUCAGGUAAUAUACCACUACCUCCAACAGUGCCUUCAUCAUCCACCAUUACUAAUUUACAAAACGAGGAGGAUCGAUUGGCCACUUUUGAAAAUUGGCCUGUGUCUCACAUAGUUACACCUACAGAUUUGGCAAAAUCAGGGUUUUACUACUUAAAGGACCGUGAUAGAACCAAAUGCGCAUUCUGUCAGGGCAUUGUUAUGUCCUGGGAACCAGGUGACAACCCUGAUAUGGAACACAAAAGACAUUUUCCUAGAUGUUCAUAUGUUAAUAGUGUAAUUACUCCUAGAUUAUUUCUAAACAAGCCAAGUACCCCAAAUAAUAAUAUUGCAUUAGCCAUUAGAAGUGCAGAAGUCAAUCAAGAUGGUGACUCUCUAAAUGCUUUGGGAGUUUUUAUGCACCAGGGACCUAAACACCUUCAAUAUGCCACAAUAGAAGCUAGACUAAGAACUUUUACACUAUGGCCUGCAGAAUUGAUUCAAACCCCUGAUAUUUUGGCACCAGCAGGGUUUUAUUAUGAAGGUGUCAGUGACCAAGUCAGAUGUUUUCAUUGUGAUGGAGGCCUAAGGAACUGGGAUCCCAUCGAUGAUCCAUGGACCGAACAUGCUAGAUGGUUUCCAACUUGUUCUUUUGUAAAAUUGGUGAAGGGUCAAGAAUUUGUUCAGGCCUGUAAUAUUGAAUCAGGACCAACAAAUGACCAGGAAAAACGACGUGGUCCUUCAGUAUCAACUCAGGAAAAACCGGUGCCAAAGCCUGUAAUCGCAAGAAGGGAAGUGACCGAAAGGGAAGUACAGGAACAUAUAUCAAGUCCCGUUGCUAUUGCAGCUUUAAAUAUAGGAUUAAAUCUAGAAAGAAUUAAACGUGCAAUUAGAGAAAAGUUGGAGCAAACUGGGAGAUCCUACUCCCAACCUGAUGCUCUUGUAGAAGCAGCGUUAAACCUACAACACGAUGAAGAUGAUUCUAUUACUGAAACCGAUGAUUCUUCUAAUGUUCGUAGACAAAUUAGACAAAUUCCUCAGCCAAAUACAUACAUGCCAAUGGAUACUUUGGAUCUAGAAAUUAAUGUUAAAGAAAGAACUCCUACUUCAGUUAAAUCUCAAACAGAUACGAAACCUGUUACUUUGGAGGAGGAAAAUCGUCAACUAAAAGAGGCCAGGUUGUGUAAGAUCUGCAUGGACAUCGAAGUAGGUAUAGUUUUCUUGCCGUGUGGACAUUUGGCCACCUGUGUGAAUUGUGCUCCGAACUUAGAGGCUUGUCCUGUUUGUAGAUCGGCCAUUAAAGCCACAGUUAGAACGUUCUUGUCCUAAAUACAUUAUUUAAAUUAACGUAGCAUAUUUUUGUGUUAACAAGAGUUUUAUUUAUAAACAUAUAAAAAUUAUUAUAAAUUAAGUAUUGCGAAAUAAGGGGUUGUUGAUUUGUGAAAACUUGUUCAUAUUUUAUCUGUUACUAGACAAUUUAUUAAAG